AACGCAUUCGGGCUCAGUUCUUGCUGAAAAUAGGGUCUACGAGAUUGACGUAUUCGUAAGAUAAAAAGAAAUUGGACACAUAGCCAACUUCUUGUUUGUACAAGUGUAUUUUCGACUGUUAGCCAGUUGAAAGGGAAACUUGAGGUGCCCUAAAAUAUUUGGCCGACAGAAGUGCAAAAAUGACAAGUGCAAGUCUUUUAUCGCGCUCCCUGAUAACAGAAGCUCCCCGCUCCAAGAAUCGCUCGGUGUUCACCCUGAUCAUUGGUCUGGUGGUGGGCUACUGCAUGGCACAACUCUUCUCGAGAAUUUCUCCCCACGAGAGUCUCUAUCCGUAUAUCAGCCGGCGACUCAACUUGCCCGUCGAUUCCCAAGUGGCCCUCCAGGCCGCGGAGCAUGGUCCCUUCCAGCACGACCAUCCCGAUGACAACGUCACCGUGGCGGAGCAGCUUAAGAGGGAGGUGCGCAUCCUCUGCUGGGUGAUGACCAAUCCCACGAACCACAAGGUCAAGGCUCGCCACGUGAAGCGAACGUGGGGCAAGCGCUGCAACAUCCUGCUCUUCAUGAGCUCCGGCGCGGACGAGGAGCUGCCCACGGUGAAGUUGGAUGUGGGCGAGGGUCGCGAGAACCUAUGGGCCAAGGUCAAGGCGGCGUUUACCUACGUCUAUCACCAUCACUAUAACGAUGCCGACUUCUUCUACAAGGCUGAUGACGACACCUAUGCGGUGAUCGAGAACAUGCGCUAUAUGCUGUAUCCCUACAAUCCCGAGACACCAGUGCACUUCGGCUUCAAGUUCAAGCCCUUUGUGAAGCAGGGAUAUAUGUCCGGCGGAGCGGGGUAUAUACUCAGUCGGGAGGCCCUGCGACGAUUCGUGGUCGAGGGCAUUCCGAAUCCCAACAUGUGUCUGCCGGGCACCGUGGUCAACGAGGACAUCGAGAUCGGGCGCUGCAUGGAGCAUCUGAAUGUUACGGCCGGCGAUUCCAGGGAUCAGAUUGGACGCGGUCGGAUGUUUCCCUUUAUCCCGGAGCACCAUUUGAUUCCGGCCAAAUGGGACAAGGGCUUUUGGUACUGGAACUACCAGUUCUACAAGACGGAUGACGGUCUUGAUUGCUGCUCGGACCUGGCCAUCUCCUUUCACUAUGUGGCCGCAAAUAUGAUGUACGUGAUGGACUAUCUUAUCUACCAUUUGAAACCCUAUGGCCUGAUGCGAUCCCUGGAGCCCCUGCCUGCCAAACUCAAAGUGGGUCAGUUCCUUCCCGCUCCCGUUGAGCGUCAUCUGGCCAGUAAUGAGGACUCUGUGGAUGACUACGACAGGAUUUACACGACCACAACUGAAAAGCCAAAGGAACCCGACGCCCGGGAAAUGGACUCGCAGGAGUUGGAAAAGGAAGAGGAAGAUUCGAAGCAUACUAAUGAGGAAACUGAUAAUCACUCCAAGACCAAGGAAACUUCAGAAGAAAAUCAUUAAAAAUUUUUAGGUUUAUGGUAUGGCAUUUUAUAUUAUGUUUAAACUACAAGGCCAAGGCUGUCCUUAAAUAAGUAAACACGAGUUUCUUUCAGUAAGUCCAACACAAUAUAUUUAAACAUCAAGUCUCAAAACAACUAACGUUUGUUACUUAACAAUGGUCUUCUAAAUAUAAAC